UGAAUAUAUUGGAAGAAAGCUACUUCUUCAGUCACCUUCAGAGCAAUCACGAUUAUUAGAGAAGCUUCCAGGAGUAAUUGCAGAUGUAGUGGAGAUCGAACCUGUUUUUGACAACUCAUUCACAAAAGUAAAACAAGAACCAAACAGCUUGCCUGAAUCACCUGUUGGACAGGCUUCUCAAACUCUCAGCACUAAUUUGGGCAGUGAAUCUAAUUCCUCUCCAAAUGGUAGAACAGAUGUGGCAGAAACAAAACAUCAAUGCAAUGUAGAGCUGCCUUAGGAAUCUCAUAUCAGUGUCGAGGUAGAUCUGCCUCAAGAAUCUCAUAUCAGUGAUUACGAAGUUCAGAGUGACCUUCGAAGGAAACGCCAUCACCCAGUUUCAGAAAUAAAGAAAAGAUAUUCAAAAUCACUGUUUAUGGAAGAAGUGCAGGAAAGACCUCUUUCUUUUGCUUCAGAAAGCCAGUCCAGUGUCAUCCCUGAAAAGCAACAUCAGGGUGACCCUGAUAUUGGAGAAUGGAAAAAUCAACCAACAGGUAUACAAAAAGAACAGGUUGAAAACAAAAGCAGUAAAUCAGUUGAGUUGGAUGAGCUAAGUGACCACGACCGAGAUCAUGAGGAUGUGCAUGAAAAUCCAACUCGUGCUGUGUGGUACUCUUUGGGUCCUCAUGAUGAAGUAAUGGGCCCUUAUUCUAUGUCAAUGCUAAAACAGUGGUGUCACACCACUUCUUAUGAGAUGAAAUACAAAGUCUGGAAGGCAGGUCAGAGCCAAAAAGAAGCAAUCUUCCUAACUGAUGCUAUACACCGGUUUGGAUCUGAUAUUGGUGGAAAACGGACAGAACAACCAAAUGAAAUCCAAAUGGAAGAUAUGGAAAACAAAAGCAGUAAAUCGGUUAAGUUAAUUGAGCUAAGUGACAGUGAUGAAGAUGGAGAUUGUGAGGUUGCACAUGAGAGCCCCACUUGUGCAGUGUGGCAUUAUUUGGGUCCUCAUGGUCAAAUAAUGGGUCCUUAUUCAAUGGAGAUGCCAAAACGGUGGCGUGAUUCUAGUUCUUAUGAGAUGAAAUACAAGGUUUGGAAGAAAGGUCAGAGCCAAAAAGAUGCAAUCUUUCUGAAUGAUGCCAUACGCUGGGCUUUCUGCAAUAGUUAGAUUAGAUAUGGAAGUCCUUUUUGUUUCCCAGCUGCUGAAACUGUAAAGGUACAUAGUUUGCUUUAGACUUGAAAGCUGAAAGCUAUGUAAUAUCCAACAACUUUUUGUUUUAAGGAAAAAAAAAAAAAAAAGAGGUACCAUUUCCUUUUUCUUCUUGUAGUAUCUAGGAGUGAGUCUGUGUAUACAUGUUUUAUAAUUAGCCUGAUCAAAGGCCACAAGUAGUAGAAAGAGCCUUGCAAGUUACAGUAGUUAGAAAUGGGCAUAUACAGAUAGAAAAAUGCCUUUUUUUU